AACUUUUCUGUAUCUUCACACUUUCUCUACUUCACAGACGAAGAGCACUUUUUGGUGGUAAUAGCGAACUGACAGAACCGAUUUGUAACAAUCGAAAGAAACCCUGUCAAAGCCCAACACAAAUGCUUCAAAUACAACGAGUCAUCAUCCAUCCGAAGUAUAGCAUCAACAAUACUGCGGACAAUAUAGCACUUAUCGAGUUGCUCAACCCAGCGGAUACAACGCAACCGAAUGUACAAGCUAUUUGUAUACCAAUCAUCCCCAAGUUACGCACAAACAAAACUGGAGAUCUUUCGAUUGCGGCUCAUGCAUCAUCUCCACCUUCAUUCGCGAGCAAACCAGUAAAUUUCAUCGAUUCCAAAGAAUGUACUGCAAAGUAUGCUCAAGCAGAGUUCCCACUGGUGCUUGAAACAAAGAGACUUUGUACUCAAAUCUCUGAUAGAGAUGCACAGAACUGCACUCAGCUGAAAGCUGGAGCACCUCUUCAGCAGCUACGAAAGCUCAAUGAUAAGGAGCAGUAUUUCUUACGAGGAUUCGAUUUGUUUGAGCGCUCUUGCUCAACAUCACUCCCGUCGGUUUACAGCAACGUAAACAAUUACCUGGAUUGGAUACUGUACAACAUGAGAUACGACAUUUUGGACGACAGUGACGAAACAUCAAAUGACGAAGACUCGGCUAUAGGGGAUAGCUGGAAUAAGCUGCAGCUAAAGCAAGGAACGGGAAUACUUUCUCUUUUUAACCUAGAAACUUGUGGCGUUACUUCGACAAUAAUAAACAAUGCUACGAAGGUUGACCGUACAUUCUACCCCUGGAUGGGAUUGUUGGCCACGCAUAAAAACACCAUGGAGGCCAUAACAUACAUCGAAAGUGCAGUUGUUUUGAUCAGUGACAGAUACGCAUUGGCCCCAGCUCACAUUAUUAACAAUUCUGUGUCAUGGUGAGUAUUCUGUAGAAUAGUUUUUAUUGUAGAUUAUUAUGACAAAUUUCUUCUGUAAUUUUUCUAGGCGUUUUGUCAUCCUGGGAUACUGCAACGCUUUGCUUUUAGCUAACUGCGAACAUUCCAAAUGCGAUCAUCUGUUUCACAAAGUAGAAAUCAAGAACAUACUCAUCCAUCCGUUGUACGUAGGCGACCCUAAGAGCCACAAUAUCGCUCUCAUAGAGUUUAUGAAACCAGCAGAUCUCAAACAUCGCUAUAUCAAUCCCAUAUGCCUGCCACUCACCAAGGAGUUACGGAAGAAUAAACCGAUGGAUUUGACAGUAGUACCUUUCAGAAACUAUGACAACGAGGUUAAAAAUCUAAUCUCGAUUAAUCCAAUGGUCUGUCAAGAACGGUUUGCACAGGAAGGAUUUUUGUUACCCAUAGGAAAAAUUCCAAAAUGUGCCGAAAGUGUGAAUAAUAUAGAAAGAAAACGUGUAUUUCUCAAAUCUGGCGCAAUGUUGCAAACUUCUUCACGGAUUGACGGACAAGAUCGAUACUUCCUCAGGGGCAUUAAUAUUCACAAUGACACAGUUGGCAAAGAUUAUCAAUACCUACCUUAUUCGUUUACGAACACCGAUCUGUACCUUGACUGGAUACUAAAGAAUAUGAACGAAUCACUACAACGAAACUCAACCACCACUAGCGAUCUUCAAGAAAGUAAUCCCAUUGAUUCUGGUCCAGUAAAUCUUCCGCCGGUAAAAAUACACGUCAAAGCAGGGUUAUUCAACCUGAAUACCUGUGGAGUGUAUCCAGAUAACAAAAACACGAUGAACAGGCUAUACUCACCCUGGCUGGGCUAUGUCACAGCUCAUCCGGAUCCUAAAGAUCUACUGUGUAUGGUAACAUUGAUAAGCGAAUGGUACGCCGUGGGACCAGUUCACACUUUAAUUGAUCGUACAGACCUUAAACUUCAGCUUGGCAGUAUGAUCGACUCUUCCGAUGUGGUCUGCGAAGAAGGCGAUGAGUCUACGCUUUGCGAUCCUGAGUUACAGAAAAUCCCAAUACAGCGAAUGAUUGUUCAUCCGCAGUACAACGCUUUCGAUAACAGCAACAACAUCAUGCUACUGGAACUGUCUAGACCAGUGAGAAAGCCUCAGAUAAAUCCGGUCUGUUUGCCGGUCGAUGAUCAGAUUCGCAGCUACGACAUUUCCGACAUGAGAGCCCACGCCUUCAAUUUGCUCACACUCAACUUCAUUGCACAGAAGCUGGACGAACAUACGUACUUUACUUCUAGCGAGUGUCAAACGCGAUGGAACAAGUUGGCACUAAAUUGGAGCCUCGAAAAUGUUACACAAUGCAUAAUGGCUCAAUACUCACCCAACACGGAAUGUUUGAAUUCCCUUCCAGGCUUUCCAGUCUACACGGCUCAACACAUUAACGGCAUAGAAAGACACUUUUUGCGCGGAUUUGCCAAAGCAUGGCCACAUUUUUGUAGUAAAUAUUAUCCUGUCGUCUUUACUAAUAUUGACACUCACCUGGACUGGAUACUAGAGACUGUGAACAACAGCAAUGUUGUGGUUUAGGUUCUCAAAAAAUCUUUUUACUCAUUAUGGCGCCAAAUGUUUUUAACAACUAUUGAAAACAUUAAGGUACGAAAAUAAUCAUCAUUUAAAUCACAUGGUGUUUAGUAUAAAGAAGAUGUCGAAGAUGCAGAAGAUUGUUCGUUUAUAUGUGUUAUUAACUUUUCAAUGGUUAUGAAUAAAAACUUUUCAAUAAUUACUGGGUAUAACAUACAAGCUUCAUUACCUUUCGGAAUCGUUCGAAUCUCUGAGGACGGACUCUCCUGUUUGCUGUUUAACAUCGCUCUGGAAGGUGUCAUGCGAAGCGCGGGUUUCGACAUCCGGGACACGAUUUUCACCCGUUCUCUCCAAUUUCUCGGCAUCGCGGAUGACAUCGACAUCAUCGGACGGACAUCUGCGGCGGUGUGGAUUGAGGAUCAAUGCGACGAAGACAAAGUACCUGUUUGCCGGAGGCUCUGUCCGUGAGGAGCACAGCGAGCUCGUUGGCUGGAUCUGGUGGAGUCAAACCUGUCGGAGAUCGGAUGCAGCCGUGGAUGGAGGACUGCAGCCCUGGACCGAGUUUCCUGGAAACGGAUUGGUGACCAGGCCAUGUCUACACGACGUGCUCGAAUGUGAGCAGUCCAGAUAAGAAGAAGAGAACAUACAAGCUAU